AUGAAAGAGGUAAUCAAUUUCGCUGGUCCCACUGUGAAGCUCGUGGAUAGCCCAAUUCCAGAGCUAAACGAUGACCAAGUACUUAUUAAAGUGGUCGUGUCUGGGUCGAAUCCCAAGGAUUGGAAAGUCCCAGAUCUUGCAGCAUCUGGAGACACCAGGUUUGGAAUGAUGCUUGAGGCCAAGAAGGGUCUGAACCAAGGAGAUGAUAUUGCCGGCGUGAUUGAAAGAGUCGGAUCCAACGUAGUCGAAUUCAAGGCAGGCGACCGUGUUGCAGCAUUCCACGAAAUGUGUAUGCCCGGUGGCUCGUAUGCUGAGUACGCAAUUGCCUGGAGUCAUACAACUUUCCAUUUGCCUAAGCAUACGUCAUUUGAAGAAGCUGCAACGAUCCCCCUUGCAGCCUUAACUGCUGCUGUUUCCUUGUACGCUCACCAUCGCUUCCCACCCCCAUGGGCACCUUCAGUGAAACCGACCCCAUUCAUCGUGUAUGGUGCAAGCACGGCUGUCGGCUCAUUCGCUCUCAAACUGGCAUGCAAUAGUAACAUCCAUCCAAUCAUUGCCAUUGCAGGAAAAGGGUCUCAUUAUGUGGAAACCCUCAUUGACCGAAGCAAAGGAGAUACAGUGGUCGACUACCGUGAAGGAGUAGAGGCAACGGUCAAGAAGAUCAGGAGCAGCAUUGAACGAAAUGGUCACUCUUCUGUGCACCACGCACUGGAUGCUGUUAUUGUUGCAGAGAGUGCAGAGGUAUUGAAGCAGUCAGUCACCCCGGGCGGACAGAUUGACUUUACACUGCCCAACGACUUCGACGUAUCACCUGCAAUCAAAUCGGUUACUUCUGUGGGAUCGGUGCACAAGCAACCUGAAUUUGAGAACAACGAGGAACUGGGUUUUAUGUUCUCCAGGUACUUCACAAGAGCAUUGCACAAUGGCAGUUUCCAUGGUCACCCUUUCGAAGUUAGACCGCGUGGCUUGGAAGGAGUUGAGGAAGCCUUGAAAGACUUGAAGGCCGGAAAAGCAAGUGCUAUCAAGUACAUAUUCCGCAUUGCGGAUACGCCAGGGGUUGAAUAG